UGAGCACGCUGCAGCGCCCACAGAGAAGAUGAUCACACAGAGAGCGCUGCUAUUCUCCUUUCUACUCCUGCCUUCGGUUCUCUCCUCAGCAGCAAGACAAUACAGACCUGUAAUUGCCAAUCAGAGGGAUGUAUCACUCAGUGAUGGAGGCUACGUGGAAGCUAAAAAGUCAAAGAGAGAGAUCAUACCCUUCACCAAACUUGGCCCUGAUGAGGAUUACCUGCCCGCCGACACCCCAGAUGACUCCCAGAGCCCUGCUACAGCAGACACAUCGGAGCUGCCCACCUGCCUUCUGUGUGUGUGCCUGACCGGGUCAGUGUACUGUGAGGAGGUUGUCCCUGAGAUGACAUCUGUGCCUGCCCUGCCCAAGGAGACCGCCUACCUUUAUGCACGCUACAACAAGAUCAAAAAGAUAACAGCAAAAGACUUCGCAGACAUCGUCACUUUGAAAAGAAUUGACCUAACGGGAAACAUGAUUUCUGAGAUUGAAGAUGGGGCCUUCACAAAACUUGUACUGCUUGAAGAGCUCUCAUUGGCUGAGAACAGGCUGGUCAAACUCCCAAUGUUACCAGCCAAACUGACUUCUUUCAACGCCAACCACAACAGGCUCAGAACCAAGGGCGUUAAGGCUAAUAUCUUUAAGAAACUCUCCAAACUAACAUACCUCUACCUUGCUGACAAUGAGCUUGAGGCUGUCCCACAGCUUCCAGAGAGUCUACGCAUUCUGCAUCUACAGAACAACAACAUUACUACAGUGAGUGAUGAAACCUUCUGCAAGGGCAACAACACCCACUACAUCCGGCCCAACAUGAACGAGAUCAGGAUGGAAGGUAACCCAGUCAUCCUGGCCAAGUACCCCAACAGCUUCAUUUGCCUCAAAUCUCUGCCUAUUGGAAGAUACUCCUGAAGCAGCUCUACAGCGAUGACAAGGGGGGAAAAAAUACCAGCAGGCUCCAGCAGUAAGUCUCUACAA